AUGGAAGAACAGGUGUUCAAGGGGGACCCGGACACCCCGCAUUCCAUCUCCUUCUCGGGCAGUGGAUUCCUCUCCUUCUACCAGGCGGGGGCCGUGGAUGCCCUGCGGGACCUGGCCCCCCGGAUGCUGGAAACAGCCCAUCGCUUCGCCGGGACGUCGGCAGGUGCCGUGAUUGCGGCCCUGGCCAUCUGCGGGAUUGAAAUGGAUGAGUACCUCAGGGUCCUCAACGUGGGCGUGGCCGAGGUGAAGAAAUCCUUCCUGGGGCCCUUGUCUCCGUCCUGCAAGAUGGUGCAGAUGAUGAGGCAGUUUCUGUACCGGGUCCUGCCGGAGGACUCCUACAAGGCCACCACGGGGAAGCUCCACGUGAGCCUCACCCGCCUCACGGAUGGAGAGAGUGUCGUGGUUUCAGAGUACACGUCCAAGGAAGAGCUCAUUGAGGCCCUGUACUGCAGCUGCUUCGUCCCCGUGUACUGUGGCCUCAUCCCCCCAACCUACCGCGGCGUGAGGUACAUCGACGGGGGCUUCACGGGCAUGCAGCCCUGCUCCUUCUGGACCGACUCCAUCACCAUCUCCACCUUCAGCGGGCAGCAAGACAUCUGCCCCCGGGACUGUCCCGCCAUCUUCAACGACAUCCGCGUGUUCAACUACUCCUUCCAGUUCUCCCUGGAGAACAUCGCCAGGAUAACCUAUGCGUUGUUCCCGCCAGACCUGGUGAUCCUGCACGAUUACUACUACCGAGGCUACGACGACACGGUCUUGUACUUGAGGCGGCUGAAUGCUGCCUACCUUAAUUCUCCCUCCAAGAGAGUGAUUUUCCCCCGGGUGGAAGUGUACUGCCAGAUAGAACUCGCCCUUGGCAAUGAGUGCCCCGAACGCAGUCGACCGAGCCUCCAGACACGGCCGGCCAGUCUGGAAGGAUCCGCACACGUUCACACGCAGUGGGCUCCCAAAGGGGAUGGAAGCGGGGGCCAUGUUCCACCUGAGUCCCCACCUGUGCAGACACCUGCAUCCACAUGUGAGUGGCCCAUGGAGUCACCUGUUUCACCACCUGUCUCUUCAUUUGAGCAGUCACCUGCAUGGCCACUGGCCUCCUCACUGCCACAUUCUCCAGCUGACUGGCCACCCGGCUCACCUGCAGCUAUGCACUCACCUCCUGGCUCACCACUGCCCAUCACGCCACCUGGGUUGUCACCUGUGUCACCUCGGCAGCAGGUACGACCAUCUGCAUCAACACCCGGACCCCCACCCUCCCAGGCAUCCACAUCACCCAGGCCAUCCCUGGGGCCUUCAGCUGUAAGAGCACCUCCAGCGUCACCCGCACAGCCACCUGCGGAGGAACUGGGCCCAGAACAGCCCCAAGAUGCUGCCUACCUUAAUUCUCCCUCCAAGAGAGUGAUUUUCCCCCGGGUGGAAGUGUACUGCCAGAUAGAACUCGCCCUUGGCAAUGAGUGCCCCGAACGCAGUCGACCGAGCCUCCAGACGCGGCCGGCCAGUCUGGAAGGAUCCGCACACGUUCACACGCAGUGGGCUCCCAAAGGGGAUGGAAGCGGGGGCCAUGUUCCACCUGAGUCCCCACCUGUGCAGACACCUGCAUCCACAUGUACGACCAUCUGCAUCAACACCCGGACCCCCACCCUCCCAGGCAUCCACAUCACCCAGGCCAUCCCUGGGGCCUUCAGCUGUAAGAGCACCUCCAGCGUCACCCGCACAGCCACCUGCGGAGGAACUGGGCCCAGAACAGCCCCAAGGUAG